CAUGGCGGGAAAGCUGUAGCGGAGUUGACGAUGUGGAGAAUCGGGAUUGUGGGAUAUGGCCAUUUGGGCCAGUAUUUAGUGGAUGCUAUCCUGGAAAACCCUUCCCUGGAAUUGGCAUUUGUGUGGAACAGGAGCAAGACUGUUUUUGAAGGGAAGGUGAAGCCAGACUACAUCCUUGAGGAUUUGAGUGCAUUCAGGGACAGAAAGGCCGAUUUGAUCAUUGAGGUGGCACAUCCCGGUAUAUCAUUCCAGUAUGGGGCUGAGUUCCUUACUCAGACAGAUUACAUGGUUGGCUCACCUACAGCACUUGCAAGUGCAGAGCUAGAGGGGCAGCUGCGUUCUGCUGCUGUUAAACAUGGUCUUUACAUUCCAGUAGGAGCGCUCUGGGGUGCGGAUGAUGUGCAGAAAAUGGCUCAGCGUGGAACUCUACAGGCGUUGAAAAUAACGAUGAAGAAACACCCGUCGUCAUUUAAACUGGAAGGUGAACUGAAGAUAAAGAAUGAUGAAGUCAAAAGUGAUGCUGUGGUUCUCUUUGAUGGACCAGUUAGAGAGUUAUGUCCCUUGGCGCCAAAUAACGUCAACACCAUGGCAGUAGGAGCAAUGGCUGCUAGUAACCUGGGCUUUGACAAGGUUCAGGGCAGUCUUGUGUCCGAUCCAAGUUUGACAGACUACCAUAUAGUAGAGGUGGAUGUGUGGGGACCAGGAGACAUUGAGAAAGGAACAGCCUUCCACUGCCAUACCGUCCGUACAAAUCCUGCCAAGGUCGGAGCAGUCACGGGCAGCGCCACAUAUGCAUCCUUCCUGAGCAGUAUGUUACGGGCACGUGGAAAGGGGCCUGGCGUUCACUUCUGUUGAUACUAGUCAGCUAUGUCAGAGUCACAACGACGUUUUACUUACUAUGGAAGGACAAAAGAAUCCUUUGACAACCUAGAAUUUGGGAAAGUAAACAUAAUAGAAUUGUUUACUCUGGUUUUUACCUGCAGAUAUAUUCAAGAGAUAUGUAAUUUGUUAAUGCCUGUAUUGUUGCAUGUUCACAUUUAUAAAUCAUGUAUUCCAUGUCUGUUCAGAACAACAGGCAUUGACUGCUGAAAACUAGGGAGAGUUCACUAACAGAAAAUCUGACAAGUCAAAAAGGUUUCUGUUCUUCUGCUGAUGUGGGUAGAAAGUUCACAGUGAUGUGAAACACCAGUCAUUCAAUCAUUCAUUCUCACUGGCAAAGGAAACCCAUGAUAUGUCCAACAGCUGCACCAUGACCUCAUUUUAUUGAUGUCAGACGAUCCUAUCACAACUCCUCAUGAUGACAUCACAGAACUAGGGUAGAAAUUUAUAUGUUGUGACGUAGUAGAUGUCACGCUACUAUAGAUUUUUGAUGUAACAAUGGCUGAGGCUCUGCUUCACACUAGCGCCACCUAAUGGGAUCAAAAAAUAUAGUGCCUCUACAGUUUAUGACAGCUAUAUAUCAUAAACUUUGUGGUUGAGGAAAUUGUUGAAUCAACAAGCUCUACCAGCACUUGGGAUCGAGGCAACAUCUUCACCAAUCUGUUUUUUGUUGUAUCUUGGGCCUGAAAAGGAUGGCAAGUAUUAAUAUAGGAUAAUAAA